AUGGCGCGCUUCAAUCUUCUCGUUGUCGCAGCUCUCUCUGUGCUCGCGCACAAUACAAGUGCUCGGCCGAGGCUGGAGCCAAGAUCAACAGGGCUCCCGCCUUUGGGUCCAGAAGCCACCAAGAUUGUGGCCGACUCGCUCAAGGCUGCUACUGUGCGGUCGGUACAUCUGGAUCAGAUGAGAGCCGAUUACCUCGCUCAGAUCAAUGAUGUCGACAAUGGCAAGAACUCAAAGGCCAGACUGUCCAGCAACGCCGCAGAUUGGAUCCUCAAAGAUCUUGUGAGGGUGGCCGACAGCACCCCCACUCAGCAUUACGAGGUCACACCGGCCGAGCUCGACGCGAUUUACGCUGGAGGCUUUGCCCCAGACUCGUACACGGGCUACUCGCAGGCUUUUCUUGCAAGCGACGUGCACGCAAAAGUGCUCUCAAAAGGGCUCGGCGAUAGUCUCAAAAACCAGACGCAAGACCUCUGGCACGCAUGGCGCAAUGCUUACUUUGCACUGAAUUAUGGUCUAUACUCGCCCGAGGGAGCAAACAAGUGGAAGUCGAGCGUCGACACAAUCACGGAUGCGUUGAGUAGCGUCGUUCGGCUUUACUCCACCUGA